UUAAAUUUUAUUGUAUCAACAUUAUGUUUGAUUCAAUGGAGUCUUUUACAUUUUGGAGGAUUUUUUUAAAUAUCGACAAAAAACUAAAAUUUAUAACAUUUUCCCAAUUAUUCAACUAUUUUGCCUAAUUUAGUAGAUUUAAGGAAAUGUUUCUUAUCAUAGAACAGAAUUGUUGUCAGUUGAAUGAUAAUGGCGUGCAUGUCAACUAAUUUGGUAUUAUUACUUCUAGCGUAUUUGUUUCAACUAUACUUCGCCUUUGAAAUAAAGAAGAAUAAAGAUGAGCUGCUGUGUGCUUCAGGAAAAUUAGAUUUUUAUAAGUAUGAAGAGGAUUUAAAUCCAAAACAUGUCUCGUUCCUUAUCAAAACAUCAUUAAGAGAUAGCAUAUUGUUGUCCCAAAAUUUGAAUACGUCAUUGUUGGUAAAGCACUCUUAUCGAGAGAACAGUAUACAGUUGUUUAACUCCAACAAUGAAUACGUUACAAGUAAUGGUCCACCAAUAUUCAAUCUGCUAAGGAUUAUAGUAGAUAUCAGAGAUUUAUGCUUUACUGGAGAUUUCAUGCUUGCAAUGAAGAACUGCUCAGAAUCUGAUGUUCAAAUACCUAUACUAAGAAUAAAUGCUCAGCGCGACCUCCUCAGGAAAAUAUCAGAAAAGUACAAAAAUAAAACAAAUUUGAUACAAAUCAGUAAAACAUCUGUUGGAAAACUUAAGCUGGAGAAACUUGAUUUUUUAAAAGUUUUAAAUGAAUUCAAUUGUCCGGACAUCAAAGUCAAGAUCUGGAUAAGCUCCAAUGGCUACCAAAAAGAAAUUGUCUCAGAGAAGCUUGAAAUUUCAAUGAAAGAUCUUCAUGAAACCAAAGAAUUGAAUAUCUCUGAACAGGCACAAUGUAAAUCAUUUAAAUCUUAUGAUAAACUUACACUCAACGUGCUUGGUAAGUUUCUUGAUGUGGCGACUGAUCGUGAGUAUGAUGAUGAAAGUCGAUUGACACAGAUGUUUGAGUUAGGUGGAGAGCUACCUCCUGUAGAACCUAUGUUUGCCUGGGAUGACAGUACACAUGAAUUAUGGUUAAAGGAUGAACAAGUUGACAGCUUGAAAGGAUGUUUUACUGAAGCAUUUUUCCAAGGAGUAAAACUUUCAGGAACUAAAGCAGGAUUUAGGAUAGAAUCCAAACUCUACUGCCGCUAUAAAUCCUUCCAAAUCGUCUUGCAAAAUAAUUCUCUAGUUCACAGCUAUCAUCCGAAAUUUAAUUUGAAAUAUUUAGGAAAUAUUACAUUGGAAAUUCUUAAUCUUUCUUUCAGGCAGUGCGCUUUUUUAGAUCUUGAAAUAGAGUGUAUUGAUAAAAAGGCAAAGGUUCCUGAAACGUUUAAUGAAAGGUUUAGAUCAGAUAAUGGAUUUAUUAUUCCGGCAGAGAAAUUCAUGAACAAGCGAUGUAGAGUCAAAGGCUAUUCUGAUCAAUAUAUUGAAAUUUCUCCUCCUGAGGAAAUAGGCUAUUUGCUCCCUAUGGGAAUUGUAACGGCACUGCUAUUAACUUUGAUUCUGAUUGGAGUGUUGCUGUUUAUAUACAGGGACAAGGUUCAAAAUAUGCAAUUCAAGUUUACUAGUUCCCUGCAAGAUCUUCACAAGAAAAAAGAAAAAGUAACAGACAUUUCUUCUGCCGUGAGACUCAAAAUGGACGACAUUGUGAAUUUGAAUAAAGAGUUUGAAAAAUUGAAUAUAAUAUCCAGUGAAGAGAUUGAACCCAAACAAACUUUUAAUCUAGCUACCAGUCCAGAGGUAGUCAAGAACCAAAGGAACAGAUACAAAAAUAUUUUACCCUUUGAUUCCAAUGUUGUUAUGCUAGAUACGCCUAAAGGUGAGGUUCCUCUACCGUAUGUGUAUGCAUCUGACAUUAAAUUCAAUGGUUUCAAACAAACCUAUCUGGCAGUUCAGGCUCCGAAAGUGAAGGCAAUGCCCAGUUUCUGGCAGAUGGUUUUAGAAAGAAAAGUUAGAAUUAUUGUCAUGAUCACAGGGCUAGUUGAGAACAAGAGGUAGGUUGGAAAG